AUGGGGAAACGUGGCCGGCCGAGGAAAGAACUGAAAUGCGAGGGUGAUGUUUUGGAUUCUUCUUUAGAUCAGCAGCAAGAAAUGCCAGCAGCAGCAAUGUCCAGGUGCCCAUUCAGUGAUAUUUUCAACAGUAGUGGGGACUCCAUGGAAAAGAUCAACACUUUCCUGCAGAAUGUGCAGAUCUUGCUAGAAGCAGCCAGCUACUUGGAGAAAAUCGAGAAGGAGAAUAAAAAGUGUGAGCAUGGCUAUGCCUCGACCUUCCCCUUGUUACCAAGCCCUGGACUGCAGGAUUCAAAGCCAAUGCGGAGGCUGAGCCGGGUGAGGAAACACAGCAGCGGGGGCAGCAGUACAAGCACUGCCAACAGAUCUACACACAAUGAACUAGAGAAGAACCGACGUGCUCAUCUACGCCUGUGCUUAGAACGUUUAAAGGUUCUGAUACCACUAGGGCCAGACUGCACCCGGCACACAACGCUUGGGCUGCUUAACAAAGCCAAAGCACACAUUAAGAAACUUGAGGAGGCCGAGAGGAGAAGCCAACACCAGCUUGAAAACCUGGAACGAGAACAAAGAUUCUUAAAGAGAAGGCUGGAACAACUGCAAGGUCCUCAGGAGAUAGAGCGAAUACGAAUGGACAGCAUUGGCUCAACCAUUUCCUCUGAUCGCUCGGAUUCAGAGCGAGAAGAGAUUGAAGUGGAUGUUGAAAGCACAGAGUUCUCCCAUGGAGAAGUGGACGAUAUCAGCACAACCAGCAUCAGUGACAUUGAUGAUCACAGCAGCUUGCAGAGUAUUGGGAGUGACGAGGGUUAUUCCAGCGCCAGCGUCAAACUCUCGUUCGCUUCCUAGAACAAAGUGAGACAACAAUGCAGGGCGGAUUAUUCCACUGGAGUAAUCUGAGUUCAGACUGGGUUCUAGAUGCAGUAUCCUCUUUUAGAAAUGACACGUCAACAAUGACAGACCUAUAUAUAUGUACCCCCUUGGGCAAUAGGAGGCCUCCGUAGGAACCCAUGUAUGUCCAUUGGGUCAUGUUGCAAAAUCUUGGUUUCCCCUAGUGUAGUGAGACUGAACCCUGGUCCUUCUGAAGUCAGUGACGAAACUCCAGUUGGCUUCAGUGAGACCUGGAUUUGGCCCUUGCAUGAUAAAUUACUUUGCUUUGACUUUGUUUAUUUGAAAGAGGAUACUGGAGAUUCAGCCCUCUCUCUCUCUCUCGCUCUCUGUCUCAAUUUGUCAUGCAAUCUGAGAAACGUCCAGUUUUUCUCAUACUGCAUUCAGAUAGAACAACUUGGUUUAGACCCUUCUGGAACUUUCCUGGUCCGGAAAUGACUCUGUCCUAAUAUUUGAUCACCAUCAGGCAUUAUAGUAACCUAGCAGGAAGUCACAGCAGCUUGGCCAUGAAGACGUGUCCCACAACCUAUGAAUAAUAAUAGGUGUUCAGUUCAUGCCCAGAGAGAGGCAACAGUGAAGAUUGUUCAGGAGAAAUCAUCAUUCAGCUCAACGUUCUGUUGGACAUCAUUUAAAGCAAGUACCUCUACCACAUUGCUAGCACUAGGGUACUAAACCGUAAUCUACCAGCACGUGGCGGGCUGCGUUGUGGAAUGAGGCUGUGAGUCCACACACACACACGCACGCACACACAGAGUUGAGGACAGAAAGAAACCAGCGUGUGGAAAGUCAUGCCCAGAUACUGAGCCACUAUAACCUUUUUAUUUAAAGAUCUUUUGAUAAACGUUUGUAAAUGUGUUGGGAGUAAAAACACUCCAAAUGUGACACGUCUUUUUAGAGCUUGUCCAUAUGAAAUCUUCAAUGUCUUUUAUAAUGGAUUAACGCUACUGAAAAGGUAACUGUUUUGAUGCAGCACUUGACCUGAUGAAACACAAAAAUGCUCUUUGCCGUGCACAACACAAACAAGGUCUGUGCUAGCUUGGAAAGGUCAGGGUUGCUGGGUUUUUUUGGUUUCCUUUUUUGAGAGUCAUUCCCUUUGCAAACUUUGAAGGCACCUGAUCCCCUACAGUAGUCACAGUUCAAUAGUUAAGCUCAGCACUUUUCUCAUCUUAAUGUAACAUUUGGCCUGCGCACAUCCCCGUGCGUAUCCGCUAUCUCACCUAUGCAGGUGCUGUUGCUGUUGAGAGCUAUUGUAUUGAAUAUUUUAUAAUUUUCUUGGAGGUGAGAUUUCUAAUGUGCACUUUGAGGGCUUUGCUUUCUUGUGUUUUUUGUUUUUUUUUUAAAUGGUGAGAAUUAUUUUUUUGUUUUCCAAGUUAAAAAACCUUCUUACAGAGACCUCACCAAUGGCAUUGUUUGAAAUUUUGUGUACCUUGAAGUAAUUUAACUACCCCUCAUUACUAAGGAAAAAAAUAAAAGGAAAAAAUGCUUUAUAAAAUUUGUAACUUAUUGCUGAUUUGAAUGGGUUGUUAAUUUCAGUCCUGUUGAUUUUAUUGUUUUUAGGUAGGAUUGGGCCAAAAACAAAAAAAUGAAGACAACCUUAUUUAGCAGUGCAGUGGAAUUGUGUUUAUAUGUUAGAAUAUGGUCCCAUAUUAAAGUAGCACUUUAACACCAUUAAACGUUUAUGGAUCUGAAAUGAAUUGUGUUCCUCCGUCUUGGUUGCUCAUAUGACUUUAGCAUACCCAUCUUCUUUCUUGUGCCUGCAGGAAAAAAAGUAUAUUCCCCUUUAAUCCCGUGAUAAGAUCCUGAAUAAUUCUAAUGUAGAUUGUGUCUAAUUUCUGUAAAUUGCAUGUGUUUGAACAUUCCUAUGUUUCCUAUGUUACCAAAUCCCCCCUGUGAUAUGACAUCAUACAUAUGAGACACAAAAUCCCUGUUCAUGGAGUGGAGGAAUAAUCUUUCCAUGCUUUGAUGCAUUAUAUCUGGGUUUUUAAUUCUUUCCUUUCUUUAAGCCUGAGUCAGGUUGCUACUCUUACUAAUCUCCUUACACAUGUGCAUAGGUAAUACUCUGAUUUAGCGUGUGUGAUCAUGUCUCCCUCUAGUGGCUAUCCUCAGCAGAUACACAAACCAGCCAGUUAAUGGAGUUUUUCCAUUAGCUGAAUUGGUUGGGGCUUCUUUGUUUUAUUUUCAGGCUGCAUAUCAUGGAAUUGAUCCUUGCUAACAAUUCUAGAACCUGUAUGUAGGCAGCUGUGGAUUGUAACAUGUGUUUAUCAGCUUAAGUCAAUGGGGCUACUCACAUUAGUAAGAAGAAAUCAAGUGAGUAAAGACUGAAGGAUCAUACGUGAACUGAUAAUCAUUGACUGAGCCCCCACAACUACCAGUUUUUGCCCAUGCUAGAAUUAUCAACAGCUGGAAUUUAUAUCUGACACUGUUCAAAUGAGCUCUGAUAGUCACCAUUUUGUGGCAUCUUGUGCUGUUCAGCUUCUCUGAAGAUGAAUCCCACCAGUCACGAUCACUAGCGAACUCCAGCCAUCCUGGGCAUCCCCACCUUCUGGUUGUUCCUCUUUGGCUGUGUAUUUUUUUGGAUCAAAAAGUACACGACGUGGGCAAUGGUAAAAAGGUCGCUUGGCAAAAAAAUCAUAUUUGAGAAAUAUAAAAGUUAGAGAACUUUAAAAAAAUGAAAAUGGAUAAAGGAAGAAAAUCAGUGUUGGGCAAUCCUGGCAGAGCAGGGCGAUCCCAGAGUGUGUUUUUUGGAACCAAUUUUUCUGUAAGGCUUUCCAGUAAAGCCACCCAUUUGUAUGCCUUUGGGAUCACUUUGAUAUUGGCUGUCAUCUUUAGGAGUGCAGUCAAGGGUCUGGAAAUUUCAAUUCCAAAUACUGCAGCUGGAAGGGAGGGAAAUGUAAUCCACUUGGUAGCUUCCAUCUACGCUGUCUUAAGUGACCCACCCAAUGGAUCGGCAAGUAUCAGCAUCCUAGUAUAGAGAGCUUUUAGAGAACAAACACAAUUUUCCUACAAACCUUUAUAGUAGUAGUUAAUGACAAAAGUUGGCUGUUUGAUUGGGUCCCUUCUAUGGAUUUCAUUGUAUCAGUUCCUUUCACACCUCUGGACAUUAGUGGAAGAUUUGCUAUGCGAGAGAAAUGUUUCCACAGCUGCUUUGUGGUGUUUGUUCAAUCCCUUUUUCAUUGCUUUAAUACUAUAUUGUUAACACUAGCUUUUCUUUAUAGAUUAUUCUAAAAACUAAACUAACAUUAGUUAUUUUGUUUUGUUGUUAAUCUAGCCUUUUGCAUCGGAAUGUCCAAGACAGCAAAUUGGCCCAGAGAAGCCACCAUAAAUGAUUGAGCAGAUCAUCAUAGCUAAUUGGCCUAUACUAUGUAAAUCAGAUUAGAUGAUGGUCCCUUCUGGUUAUAAAACAAAAAAUCAUCUACUUCUUCCCAUUCUUCAGAACUGAGAAAUGCCCCCCAAAGCUUCUGAUUUUCGUACAUUCUCAUGUACUAUUCUGCUAUUACUGAGAUAGCAGUAAUUACUUCAGCUGGCUUAUGUAAUGCAGUUCUUCCUCGAAGUCUCCCAUUUGUUGUCUUAAGACAUUGUUCAUCCAAAGCUGAAACCUUUGAGCCUUUAAUAUACCCAUCUGUGGUGGCACACUUGGAUGGAACUCCAUGACUGGUUACUGUCCCCGGAGAAUUCACUAUGUCAGCAUAAGUCUGGGAUCAAGGCCUUUAUUUGAGUGUUGACAUCCUCAUUUUUUCCCCCUCUGUCUAGUUUUCUGUACAGAUCCAACCCUCAGAAGAGCAGGAUUGUUCUUUGUACAAGCAGCUCUUUUUCCCCCCAAAAAAAAAAAAAAGAGAGAGAGAUUGGAGGACAUUUCAAAUAUUGUCUGUACAGUUAGAAGCAUAGAGGAAGGUGCAGGAAUUUGAAGGGACCAAACAGUUUCCAUAGGUUUGUUAACCAAUAUGGUUAAGCCCAAGUUGAGAAGCUGCAGAAAAUCCAUUCCGGAAUGAAUUUCUGCAACAUAAACCCCCUUAAGGCAUUGUCUGAACUCUGUCCCAAAGGUACUUUCCACCCCAGAACACCACGUUUCGUUAUACCCACUCUCUCCUUGAGAGUUGGGUAAUUGAGGCCCUGAGCCUGGAAAACUCCACAGUUUCAGUGCCCAAGACUGUAACUCUGGUACAUGCAGCUCCUUCAAAAGACUUUGUGAAUGAUGAUCCCCAAAUGGCAAAUUAUCAAGGCAUUUUGGUCAAGUAUAAUCUUAGUUUCUAGCAAGAGGUCCUUUCCUCUUUGGAGCAUCAGGCGAGGGUGACCUUUGAUGUUACUGAGGUAUUUGAAUUACAGUAAAAUCAGCAGGAAAGUCUCAUCAGAUGAGCUCUUGCCCAACAAAAAGGUUGAGAGUGAAGCUACAUUUACUUCCUUCAGACAUACUUCAAAACCUUCUGUACUUUCCGUGCCUUAGAGUUCAAGGAUGUGUGUCUCUAGGUGAGGAUGCAUCUCUGAUACGUAUGGUUCAGUGUUGCCUUUUGAACUGGUGGAGUAUCCAUUUGGGAUCAGGAAUUCUUACGUUGUAGGUUAGUAGCAUAGAUUGGGAGUUGUGCAAUUUGUUCAUUCCUGAGAGGUCUGGCACCAAACGGUUUGGUAUGUCUGAAGGGGAAUCCAUACAGUCCUCCCUGCUGCCAAAAUGGAGUCAAGUAAAGGUGCAGCUUUGAACAGAAGAUACCAGUUAUUCUACAGGCUCCCCUUCCUAUGAUGCCAAUCACAUAGUCCCUUAUUGUCCCUAUAAACAACUGCAUCAUUAUCUCAUUUCUUCUAAAGCCUUAUCUUAUUCCCUUAGAAGCAGAGAGUGAAACUCUCAUUAACUUUAGUGGGAACAGAAUUGAGUCCUUUUUCCAAAGCACUUUAUUCCCACUUUAAUCCAUUUAGCCCCAAUAUCUGCUUUCUGCUUCCCACCACAUGGCAGACACAUUUCCUCAUGUUUCCUUUUCCUCUGUCUAAACUUACCUAUUCUCAUCACAUAGCACUUUGCGUCACAAACGAUCUCUUUGGUCCUCAUAAAAUUGACGCGCCGUUCUCCCUGAUGUUUUUCCAGGCUUGUUUCCUAUGUAAGGUUAUUUUUUGUUGUGGCAGUUACUUGGGCUUGUAGAUUCCAUGAGCCACACAAUCUCUAGUGCAAGCUCUAAAUCCAUCCUCUACUAAAUUUUACAGAAAUAAGGUGGCUUUCCUUUAAUCAUCCCACCUGUAUUACCCUCCACAUAUGCUGCUUCCCCCAGAAGCUCAUCCUGGUGAGUCUUCUCUGCAUAAAUUAGGUCUCUAAAAGGUCAUUGUGCUACAGAAAAACCUAUUCAAAAGGCCAUUCAGUAUUUUCCUCCUUUUGACACCAGUGUAUUACAGCAUGUUAUUUUGUGUCCAAGAAUGAGUUGCGGGGGAUGACUGGCUUGCAGCAUUUGGUACGGUUACUCUUUGGAGGACUGUCACUCGAAGGUCAUUUUAAAGCCCAUUCCAUUCAAGGUAUAUUAUUGACAGAAGGUAGUCUCAAAGUGAUAUAUCUUGUGAGACCUGUAGAUCGGUAAAAAUGGGGUUAACUUACUUUUUUUUUUUAACUAAAUUUUAUCCUAGACACUCGUAUGCAGAAGAAUUUAGUUCUGGCCUUCUUGUUUGGCAAGGUCUGCUUCUGCGCUGCAAACUCCAGUACUUUGUUGUCUUGUCUUUUCUUAGGUUGCUUGCUGCACUCUAUGCAUAGACCUCAUUUAUGCUGCUCAUUCUUUGAACUACCUUAGGACCUGGGCUGCUCCUACUGAAAUGAAUGGGAGUUUUCAAAAUUAAAUUAGUGGGAGCAGGAUAGGCUUGUAUCAGUUGCUGUCAGUUGAGAAUAUUUUUUUCAGGAUCAUAACUUUUGUUACGUUUGAGUUCCAGUAUUUCCCUGGCACCAGGCCAGAGUGAGGGAAACCCCCUCUCCUUGAAACCUGGGAGUAGCUGCAGUCACCAGGGGUGAUCUCCUGACCCCAUAGAAGUCAAUGGCAAGGGGACCAGGAUUUCACCCCAAGAGUAGAGAUGUACAUGAGAAGCUCACCAUUAAAAGAAAAGGUAGGUUGCUUCCUUGAAGCUAAUAAAAUAACUUUGAUCCAGAUUUCUGUGUGCACCUCCUCUUGAAAUAUGGGCUUUGCCUUAUCUGACUAGUGGGACAGAGAAAUUGAGGUUCUGAUGUAGCAUGGAAGGGUCUCAUGCUUCAUCAAAAAAACCCACAGUGCCAAGUCUCAGAGCCCAACUCACUUUUCUUGGGCUGUGGAGCUAAAAAUAGCAGCGUGAAUGUUCUGGCUUAGGCUGGAGCCUGGGCUCCGAGCUCCUCCCCACUCACUGGGUUUCAGAGCCCAGGCUCCAGCCUGAGUGGGAAUGUCUACACUGCUGUUUUUAGCCCUGCAGCGCGAGCCAAAGUCAGUUGACUUGGGCUCUGAGACAGUGCUGUGGGGUUGGGGUUUUUUUUGCUUGUUUUUUUUUUUUUUUGCAGUGUAGGGACCGUAGACAUAGAGCAUAUUAUGUUUGCUCCCGCAGGUGGAGAGUUCUAGAAAUGUUAACCUGGGGAUGCACAGUGUGCAUCUUGUGUGCUGGAAGGCCGAUAACUAGGGCCCUACCAAAUUUACGGCCAUGAAAAAUGCGUCCUGGUCCGUGAAAUCUGGUCUUUAAUGCACCUUUACCCUAUAUUGUACAGAUUUCACAGGGGAGACCAGCAGUUCUCAAAUCGGGAGUCCUGACCCAAAAGGGAGUUGUGGGGGUCGGGUCGCAGCAUUGCCACCCUUACUUCUGCGCUGCCUUGAGAGCUGGGUGGCUGGAGAGCGGCGGCUGCUGGCUGGGCACCCAGCUCUGAAGGCAGAACUACGGCCAGCGGCAGCGCAGAAGUAAGAGCGGCACCAGACCAGGCCACCCUUACUUCUGGGCUGCUGCUGGCGACGGCUCUGCCUUCAGAGCUGGGCUCCCGGCCAGCAGCCGCUGCUCUCCAGCUGCCCGGUGGCGCUGCCAGCAGCAGCCCAGAAGUAAGGAUAGCAGUGCUCCAACAUCCCCCCACUCACCCCCUGAUAACCUUGCAGCCCCCCCCCCCCCCCAGCUCCUUUUUGGGUCAGGACUCCUACAAUUACAACGCCGUGAAAUUUCAGAUUUAAAUAGCUGAAAUCAUGACAUUUACAAUUUUAAUGACUGUGAAAUUGACCAAAAUGGACUGUAAUGUGAUAAAGCCCUACUGAUAACUCUCCCAGUGCUCUUUUUUUUUUUUUUAUGGCAGAGUAGAGAGAGCCCAACACACACGCACACCAUCAAAAAAAACUCUGCGACACUCAAACAAUUCUGUUGAGCAACUUCUGCUAAACUCUGACAAAUAGGUUGCUAUGGAAAAGCUCCAGCGAUCCCGGUGAUCUUUGUUCUUGUACAUUGCCAUGUCUUGCAUGCUCUGUGAAAUGUAGCUGGUAGGAUGAAUUUCAUGUUUAUGAGCCUGCAUGUUGUCCUUCGCUGACCACAUCUUUCUCAGCUGGCUCCUAGAAUUCUACAUCCUUCUUAUGGGUGGAUGGAGCCAGGUGACUGCUGAUUCCCUACUGCUGUAGGAAAUAGGACUGAUGGGAUGCGAGAGGGGCCAGCAAACAUUGAGCGUUCUGGUUUUGAAAACAUUGUUCAAUUGAAUGAUCAUUUUACAAGAACCGGAUCUUCCUGUUUUAGGGGAGGAAGUUCCUGCAUCAGAAAUGAAUCCUUUCCACCUAGCCUACCCUUUAGUGCUUCCAGUUAGGAGUCUCUCUUUAUACUUCUCUUUUGCUGUCAUUUAAGAGCACACCUCUUGACUUUCUUGGGAUCACAUGAUGAUGGUGGAAAAAUUCCGUAAUCUGCAAGUUUGUUCCACUGCACAUGAACACCAUAUUUGCUAAAAGGAGGCUGCAUGAUCUAGUGGUUUGAGCACGUCACUGACUCUUUUGGUCUUGGGUGAAUCACUUAAUCUCUCUGUGCCUCAGUUUCCUGAUCUGUAAAUAUAGAUAUCACCCUGCAUCACAGCCAUGUGGUGAGGAGUAAGAUAAUGUUUGUACGGUGCUUCGAACAUAUAAAGUACUACACAGGGAGGGGGCAGCGCUAAAUGUUACUUUGUUAGUCUGUUCAGCUAGUCAAGUGAGUGAUUGGUGUCAGCAUAUUUCUAGGUGAUUUAGAAUCUAUACUAAGAAAUAUCUGGUAGCUAUUACGAGUUUGUGAAGUGUACUCAGAAAUGCUGGAACAAUACCGUGUAAGUGGAUCAAAAAUUAAGCAAGCACAGUAGAAGAGAGUAAAAACCUAUAAGCCCCAUUAAUUCAAACUCUAUGGGCAGUAGUGGUGUGGAGUUUAAAGCAUAAGGUUAUAUGGAACUUCCCUUCUUCAAGCCCUAGUUUAUUGACCUAGAGGACACUUUCACAUUUCCCAAUACAUCUGAACAAUCAAAGGACCCAAGAGGGCAACAUAGCUAUCUUCAGAUCUUGUAUUCUUCUCUGUUCUGCCUUUGACUCCAAUUGCUGUGAAAACAAAUGUUACUGAGACAGAAGAUCCAUUUUUCUAAAUCCGCAAGAAAAUAGGCCAAAUUCAUCCCUUCUAUAGAUUAACAUUACAGCAGGGAUGAAUUUGGCCCAGUCAGAUAAUUGUGACCUCCAAGAACAUUUGCAAACUAUCCCAUUCAGCGGUAAAGGAGAUGAAAGCCAAAGAAUGGACAAUAGAAGCUGAUCUUCAUGGUUGUUUUAACGUCACAAUCGUUUCAACUUCCACACAGACUUCAAAGUAAUAGAUCACGUAGAGUACUUGCUUUGGGAUACGAAUAUUCUAGCAAGCAACUCAUAGCAUUCACUGUAGUUGUGUUUAGAAAAGUUUCCAUUUAACCCUCUCCUCAAAACAGUAAGUUUCUGAAGUCCUCCCCCGCCCCCAAUUUUUUGGCUGUGUGGUCGGUUGGCUGUUUUGGGGUUAUUUGUUUUUUGGAAGUUUGAGAAAAAUCCUUUCAGUUCCUCUGGAGUGAUGUGAGGGUGCAAAAAUAUACACUUAUUGCCUUGUAAAAAGAAACAUUUGAACCACACUUCAACAGGGUUGCUGCAAAAGCACCUCGAGUUUGACCUGAGCAUGGGCAUAGUCUCCCUGAGGAGUAGCACCUUUGCUGAGUCUGGGAAGAGGAAGCAAUUUUUAGACCAAAGUGUUUGAAAAAUUAUUUCCAAGCAUGUUCCAUCAACAACUGUUUUCGUAGAGCUUUGCACCUCCUACGAUAAACAUUGUCUCUGCCUAACUUGACCAAGUGAUUGUCAUAAGGUAGGUUAGACAUUGAGCUUCAGCUACGUGCUAGUGUCCCCUUAUACAAUGACACACCAGCCAUAAGAUUUUGCUUUUUAAACAACAUCUCCAGGGGGUUAAAUUUUGUAUUGAUGUUUUUACACUACAAAUACAUUGCUUAAGCAGAUUGCUUGUUAACAGCAUGAUGAUAGAAGCAUAUAAUUUAGCAUAUAACACAAACACUUUCUUUGGAAAUGUUGAGUUUAAACUAACCCGUUUAGAGAUCAAAUAAAAGAUUUUGAUCAGCAGGUAUAAGAACAUAAAAAUGGCUGUAAUGGGUCAGACCAAUGGUCUAUCUAGCGCAAUAUCCUGUCUUCCGACAGUGGCCAAUGCCAGAUGCUUCAGAGGGAGUAAACAGAACAGGGUAAUUUAUCGAGUGAUCCCCUCCUGUCGUCCAAAGCAAGUAUAAGAACAUAAGAAUGGCCGUAGUGGGUCAGACCAAUGGUCUAUCUAGUGCAAUGUCCUGUCUUCUGCCAGUGGCCAAUGCCAGAUGCUUCAGAGGGAGUGAACAGAACAGGGUAAUUUAUCAAGUGAUCCAUCCCCUGUCGUCCAGUCCCAGCUUCUAGCAGUCAAAGGUAUGAAAGAGCAAUAUGAGCACCAAGUUACCUAUAUUCUAGCAUGACUUGUUUGAAGGGAGAGAAACCCUACUGUUCUAUACUUACUAUUUCAGUGAUCAAGACACACGUGAGUUAGAUGGUUAGAAAUAUCUUGUGAAACUAAGUGCUGAAUAAAACUGGUUGAGAAAUGUCAAUGAACAAUAAACAUUUGCCAUCUUUUUCCUUUUUCCAGCCAGCUCUAGUGCUGAAGUUAAUUAUAAGAUGAACAAAGGUCCUUCCUUGUAUUUACAGACCUCUAAGUCAAGUGACAAUCAAACUUCGGCAGUUAGAAAACAAAGGAAUGGAUGUGUAGCCGGACCAUGAAAUUUACAAUAGUCAAUAUGAUUCCCCUAGGCCCUCAGUGCUUUGUUCUCAGUAGUUGAAGCAUCUGACAAAAAUGCUUAUCUGUUUGUUUUAUUUUUAAAAACUCAGCUGAUGUGAGGAUAGUAUUGUCCUCCACAGAAUUUAAAUUUGCUGUUCUUUCUGAAAACCAGUGAUGCAUUUAGAGCUAAUGGGAGUUUUUCCAUUAACUUGGGAGGGAAAUAAAAGUGGGCUCUUACUAAUACAACAUAAAUAUUUCAUUUUUCUCCCUAUGUACAGAGCCAUCUCUCUGAUUUGUGACUCAAGUUUGUGCUGUUAUAAUUUUCCCAAUAGGUUACAAUCUGCAUGUUAGAAUCUGUUUUAGACUGUACUAGAUUAUGGGUUUCCUGUAGCAAUUUGUGCUUUAAGACGGGAAACAUACAGUCCCUCAUGUGUCAGCAUAAUGAUAUCUUACUAUUUUGGAGAUGCAGUUUGGAAAUUAAAUGUGUAUCCUUUGACGACAAAAAUAUUUUUCUAAGGUGUAUCUAACUUAAUGUGACUUUAUUUGUGAUUGUUGCAGUGUACAUGAGGUUUUUUUCUAAGCUCCCGUGAACAUUUUAUUUUUUGUGCUGUAACUACACAGGUGCUAUAGCCACUUGCUACUCUGAGAAAAAGAACACCACACCAUUGAUCGGUGCUGACUCAUAAAAGCCAGUCUUUGAAACAAUACACAACUGCUGACCCCAUCUCUGUUUAUAACAUGGGGAUGGUGCUGCAAAGAUGUUGCAUUUUUCAUGAUUUAAAAAUAAUUUUGUUUGUGGAUAUCUGUAUUAACUUGUUUAAAACAUACAAAUAAAUUUUAUGAAAUUUUA